GCUGCCAUCCUCGCCUCCGCCGCCCCGGCGGCUCCGCGCAGCGCCCGCGCAGCGGGUCGGCAUCUUCAUGGGCUGCCACCAUGCUUGGGCCCUGGAGAUUUCGGGCGAAGCUAGUUUUGCAGAACAUUGGGAAUAAGCGCUAUGUCAGAUAUGGAUGAGACUCCGAAGAUGACCUGCAUGUUUUACAUUUUUCACAAAUUUUGGGAAAUAAAAUGUAUGCUUGCUGCUCUACAGUAACUUUGGAACAGGACCUCAACAAAAAAAUGCAUAUCUGGAUGCUGCAGACGAUCGCAUUUGCUUUAACAUCACUAGUCCUUUCCUGGGCAGAAAGCAUCGAGUAUUAUGGGGAAAUCUGUGACAAUGCGUGUCCUUGUGAGGAGAAGGACAGCAUCUUAACAGUGAGCUGUGAAAACAGAGGGAUCAUCAGCCUUUUUGAGAUCAGUCCACCAAGGUUCCCUGUUUACCACCUCUUGUUGUCUGGGAACCUUUUGAACAGGCUGUACCCAAACCAGUUUGUCAAUUACACGGGGGCUUCGAUUUUGCAUCUGGGGAGCAAUGACAUACAAGACAUCGAAACUGGGGCCUUUCAUGGUCUGAGAGGUUUAAGGAGGCUGCACUUGAACAAUAACAAGUUGGAACUUUUACGGGAUGACACUUUCCUUGGGCUAGAGAGUUUGGAAUAUCUACAGGUUGAUUAUAAUUAUAUUAGCGUCAUUGAACCCAAUGCCUUCAGCAAACUGCAUUUGUUGCAGGUGCUGAUUCUCAAUGAUAACCUCCUCUCCAGUUUGCCCAACAACCUUUUCCGUUUUGUGCCCUUAACUCACCUGGACCUGCGGGGUAACCGGCUGAAGCUGUUGCCCUAUGUGGGCCUCCUGCAGCACAUGGAUAAAGUGGUGGAGCUGCAGCUGGAGGAAAACCCCUGGAAUUGCUCUUGUGAGUUGAUUGCUUUAAAGGAUUGGCUGGACAGUAUCUCAUACUCCGCUCUGGUGGGAGAUGUGGUUUGCGAGACCCCUUUCCGCUUACAUGGUCGAGACUUGGAUGAAGUCUCUAAGCAGGAGCUUUGCCCCAGGAGGCUCAUCUCUGAUUAUGAAAUGAGACCUCAGACACCAUUGAGCACUACAGGGUAUUUCCACACUACCCCGGCCUCAGUCAACUCUGUGGCCACUUCUUCUUCAGCUGUUUACAAAUCCCCCUUGAAGCCCCCCAAAGGGACCCGCCAACCCAACAAGACAAGGGUGCGCCCCACCUCCCGCCUGCCCUCAAAAGACCUGGGAUACAGCAACUAUGGCCCCAGCAUUGCCUACCAGACCAAAUCCCCGGUGCCUUUGGAGUGCCCCACUGCCUGCACUUGCAACUUACAGAUUUCUGACCUGGGCCUCAAUGUCAAUUGUCAGGAGAGGAAGAUUGAGAGCAUUUCUGAACUGCAACCGAAACCCUAUAAUCCUAAGAAGAUGUAUUUGACGGAAAACUACAUUGCGCUGGUACGCAGGGCAGAUUUUGUGGAUGCCACUGGGCUGGAUUUGCUGCAUCUGGGCAAUAAUCGGAUCUCGGUCAUUCAGGACCGGGCUUUUGGGGAUUUAACUAAUUUGCGAAGGCUGUACCUGAAUGGGAACCGGAUCGAGCGGCUGAGCCCAGAGCUGUUCUAUGGGCUGCAAAGCCUGCAGUACCUCUUCCUGCAGUACAACGUCAUCCGGGAGAUAGAGGCAGGCACUUUUGAAUCUGUCCCCAACCUUCAGCUCUUGUUUUUGAACAACAAUCUGCUGAGGUCUUUGCCAGGGAACAUUUUUUCUGGUCUGUCUCUCUACAGGCUGAGCCUGCGGAGCAACCACUUCUCCUACCUGCCGGUGAGCGGGGUGCUGGACCAGCUGAAAUCCCUGCUGCAGAUCGACCUGCACGAGAAUCCCUGGGACUGCACCUGCGACGUGGUGGGCAUGAAGCUGUGGCUGGAGCAGCUCAACACCGGUGUCCUGGUGGACCAGGUUAUCUGCGAGUCCCCUAAGAAGUUUGCCCAGAGCGACAUGCGGGCCGUCCGGGCGGAGCUGCUGUGCCCCGACUACUCGGACAUCGUCGUCUCCACGCCCACGCCAUCCCCGGGCCAGCUGCCAGCCAGGACCACCCCCUCCUCCUCCACCGUGCGCCUCAAUGGCACGGCGGCGGCGGCGGGCGGCUCCGCGCCCGCGGGCGGCGCAGGCGGCGGCAGCUCCUCGGUGCCUCUCUCGGUUCUGAUCCUCAGUCUGCUGCUUGUCUUCAUCAUGUCCGUCUUCGUGGCGGCGGGACUCUUCGUCCUGGUGAUGAAGCGGCGCAAGAAGGGCCAGGGCGACCACGCCAGCGCCAACAACUCCGACGUGAGCUCCUUCAACAUGCAGUACAGCGUCUACAGCGGCGGCGGCCACCACCACCACCCCCACCUGCAGCAGCACCCGCCCCACCGCGGCGGCGGCGGCGGCGGGGGCGCGGCGCUGCCCAAGGUGAAGACCCCCGCCGGCCACGUCUACGAGUACAUCCCGCACCCCCUGGGCCACAUGUGCAAGAACCCCAUCUACCGCUCCCGGGAAGGCAACUCGGGCGAGGAUUACAAAGACCUUCACGAGCUCAAGGUCACCUACAGCAGCCACCCCCUGCCACCCGGGGGGGGCGCGCCGCCACCUCCGGCGCCCGGCGGGGAGGAUGCGCCGGCGCGCAGCCCCGCGUACAGCGUGAGCACCAUCGAGCCGCGGGAGGAGCUGCUCUCGCCGGUGCAAGACGCCGAUCGCUUUUACAGGGGCAUUUUGGAGCCCGACAAACACUCCCCCUCCACGCUGGGUACCCCCGGCUCCACCCUCCCUGACUACCCCAAGCUCCCCGCCGCCUACACGUACUCUCCCAACUAUGACCUUAGGGGUGCCCACCAGUACUUGCACCCGGGGCCGGGGGACGCCAGGCUCCGGGAGACGGUGCUCUACAGCCCCCCGAGUACUGUCUAUGUAGAGCCCAACAGGAACGAGUAUCUGGAGCUUAAAGCAAAACUAAACGCAGAGCCGGACUACCUCGAAGUGCUGGAAAAACAGACCACAUUCAGCCAGUUCUGAGAAACAGCCCCCCCGCCCCCCGUCCCCUCGCCAGUCUCAGCAGCUCCUUCUCUAGAGUAUUUGUAUUUAACAACCACACGCAAAACAAAGAAACGUAAAUGCUGACCUCCCUACACACACACACCUCGACCCCCUCCUCUUUUCUCCCCUUUAAUUCAUUUUAUUGUAGGGUGAAGUGCCUUGGCACAGGACUUUUCAGCUUCGGGGAAUGAUUCUGAAAGGGUGUGCUGUUCAGUUUGGUUUGGUUUUUUUUUUGUUGUUUUUUUUUUCCUCUGUUACUGCAUUUGGAAGUCGGAAACCACCUAUUGCAUAAAAUGGGCACAACACUGGCAUUGUGCAGGUGUCCAUGUGUGUUUGGGGAAGGUGGCAGGAUGUUUCAUGGUUUCUUGUCAGGUCACAUUCAGGUCGUGCUUUUUUUGUGGGUUUUAUUUUCCUUGGGUUUUUUUGGGGUUUUUUUGUUUGUUUGUUUGUUUCUUUGGGGUUUUUUUUGGUUUUAUUUGUUUGUUUGUUUUGGUUUUUUACAGACAUCCUUUAUUUUAGUUUUUUCUCUGGUUGAAGAGUACGGCGCACAUUUUCCCCUUUUAGCCAUGGGUGAGUCUAAAUGGCUUUUAUGGAAAGAUUAGCACACCCCGACUUUAAUACAAGGUUUCCUUUUUUUAAGGAUGUGUUUGUAUACUUUCUGGACUUUUGAAUUAAAAAAAACAUAUAUUAUGAUCUUUAAAGGGAUCACUGUAGAUGUGGACAAAUCAUUAAAGAGUGCAGAGAUAUAUGAUCCAUAACUGGUUAGUGAAAAUAACUUAUUGAUGAAAUAUAAAAAAAUAUUUUAUUGUAGCACCUAUUUUUAUAUACACAUUAGCAUUUCUCUUUCCUUCACUAUUUUAGGGCCUAAUCAUGCAAAUUUUUAACUCAUGUGAGUAUCUCUGUUUGUGAAAGAAGUCCCAGCUUAGGCCUUCAUCCUGCAGGCACUUAAGCACAUGAACAACUUUACCAAUGCGUGUAGUUCUGGAGACUCACUCAUUGAGGAAAGUUGUCAAAAGCCCAAAAAAUUAGGAUAGAGGAUGCAGAAUUCUUCUUACAAGUAAAAAUACUGGAAUGUUUGACUGUUUCUUUUCUUUUUUUCUUUUUCUUUUUUUUUUUUUUUUUCAGGAUGGUGUCCAAAGGUUGUGAAUUGCUUUAAAGUAUUGCACUACAGUGAGAGCUUUUUCCCAAAUAUGAUAUAGUAUCAGAAAGACCUUUUAAAUCUCUAAAGAUAAUGCCAAUUAUGACCAAAUCUUAACAGACAAUCUGAGAUAUAAAAUCUGAUCACAAUAGGAAAAAAAAUCAUGUUUCUCUAUUGAAAAAAAUGUGUCUUUUAGCAACCUCCUGCUCAGGAGUCUGGUUGGGCAAACUAGUGAGGGACAUGUAGAAGGCAUUCAAAGUUUCAUUUUUGAUUUGUUGGUUUCAUUUUUUUCUUUUUUUUUUUUUUUUAAUCUUGUAUUAGUUAACCAAAAUACAAUGUUUUUGCAACUGUUGUAGCCAGUUUAUGAUUGUUUAGUCAAGUACAAUUGCACUUGUACAGAUCCACAUGUUUACUAGCAUCCUGAAAGACCAAAUGAUGGACUGUGCGCAUCUCUAUAAAAUGUCUUUACCCCUUUGGGCAGCAGGCAAUGGCAAGGAUAUUCAUAAACACAGCAUCACUGUAAGAUGGGACAACUGAUGUCUCAUAUGUAUCCCAGCACAUGUGAUUUUUUAAUAGUUUCUGAAUAAACACUUGGUAAAUAUUUCAAAUGUAAGAUCCUGAAGUAAUGAGUAUCUGAACUUUAAAAUUUCUGGCCAAAAUAAUCUGUUUGUACAUUGGAGUCUCUUUACUAGCAAUUAAGGCUCAUCAAAAAGAUCUAACAUUUCUAGGCAAAAUAUAAUGUGUUCUCUGUUUUUGAAACAUGACAUAUGGUAAUUACCAGCAUAUAUAACAUGGGUCAGAAAGCAACACAGAGGUAUAUGUUUCAACAACAUAUUGAUGAGGAAUAGUUUUAUACUUACAUUUUGUUUCCUUACUGAGGUGUUCUUUAAUAUAUGGAACAGGGUAAGUGAUAUUUCACAUGUGUUUUCUUUCUUCAUUAGGUUAUUAU